GUGUGCUAUGGAAAUUAGUAGUGGUGUGACAUGCCUUGACUUGUUAAUCAACCAGAUUGAGGCACUAAAUGAGAAAUAUGGAUGCAAUAUUCCUCUGCUCUUGGUGAAUGCAGAAAAUGCACAUGAUGGUAUAUUGAAGGUCUUGGAGAAACACACGAAUAAGAACAUCCAUUCUGUUACUCAG